CGCACCGUCCUCUUCACGAGUUUACAAGGAACAGUGUCGCCCAUUUUAGAUGUGGCAGUCAACAAAUCAAACACCUCCAACAGCAUAGUUUCAUGAUUGGCUGGUGAGGUUUGAACGAGACGAGUUCAACGUUUGAGCGAGCGGGACUCUUCGGACGAAAGAAGACUGGGACGUGCGAUUAGCAGUUUGUAAUAACGUUAAAAUGGGAAUUACCACGUUUGAUAAAGUUAUUUUUCGCAAGUAAUGCUGCUAAUUUAUCUUUUAAGACCAGAACGGCAGUCGUUAUUUUCUUCAAGACACUCGGAUAUCUAAUCUACGUCUUCUGGAUUUGAUGACAAACGUUAGCAGGCCAGCAUUGUAACAUUAGCCUUUCAGACGAUUGUUGGCUCAAAAUAAACCGUCUUUUCAAACACUGCUAAACUCGACAGUCAAAAAUACCUAACAGGCUGCCACCAUGACCUCCGUGUUAUCCUCCGUGCGCUCCCUCAUGGGAAUGUUUGAUGACAAAGUACAAGAAUUUGUUGAUGAAAUUAAUAAUGUUCACAUUGUUUGGCUUGAGGAGAUCCAGCAAGAAGCCAAUCGCAUGUUCUCGAGGGAUUUUAAUACAGAACCAGAAUUGAUGCCAAAAACACCGUCUCAAAAAAGGAACACUCGUCGGAAGCGUGUAUCUCUAAGUCGCCAAGAAGCGAAUCAAACAAGAUUUUCUAAAGGAAAACGCAGUAAUCUUCGUGGCUCUGCUGUUCAAACCCUGAAAUUGAUUGCUGAAGACGAGGUCAUUCCAGAGGCUUCCACCUCUAACAGCAGCAGCACGACGCGUCCGAAACGCGCCACCCGCAGAAACAAGCAGGCAAAGCUGGAGGUGGCUCUUGAUGAGAGCCAGACAUCCUGCAAUGGCAGUAAAACUGAGCCAGAGCAGAUAGAGGAGGAAGUAGACAAAAGUAGCAAGGUGAAUGAUGCUGAAGUCACACCUGCUGGAACUUGCAGCUCUGAGCCGUCUCCCCCACAGAUUCCAACACCUGAGAUAGUUGUCAGCAUCUCCAGGGAGGAGCGCUUGUCUGCAGAGUUAGCUGUACGGCCCAAGGUCUCUCCGGGCCGUACAGCUAUCAAGAUUGCAAUAACUGACUCCAGGAAAAGCUCAAGGCGGAGCUCCGUACGACACUCGCUCAAGCUGCGCCACUCACUCGCCGGUCUUCGGCACAGCAUGACACAGGAAGCGGUUCGCCGUGCCUCACGUCGUUCGAUGCUUAAGAAGAAGUCGGCUCGCGUAAAUAUCUCCAAAAAUGGCAGCUCUGUCGAUGGAGAAUCUUCCAUUGACACGGUGGAAGAGGACAAUGAAGAUGUUCCUGAGACAGCAGACGCUGACGCGCCUGAAAAAUCUGAGAAAACUUCAGAGCCCCUGAUAAUUGGUGUAGAUGCAGCUGUUAAACGCAUCACUCGCUCAGUUGCUGCUAACGCUCCUAAACUGGCUCCGCCUUCAUUGUUGAGCUCUCAGCCAAGUGUGAACAUCCCAGUCAAAAACCAAGUUGUGUGUGGGAAUCAGCAAACAUCCCAAGAAGUCAGAAGGUCCAGUCGCAAAGCUAAACGUAAAUCACCGGUCCCUGUAGAGGACAGUCCCACAAAGAGGUUCUCACCCCUCAAGAAAAGUCAAAGUGCAAUCAAGCCCAACAUGAAGUCUUUUCUCCACACGGUGCACAAGAACCAGAUGCUGAUGAUGACUCCAAACUCCUUUGGCCGGACGACUGUGAUUAAGUCCUUCAUCAGGCACACCACUCCUCUGAAAGUAGAUCCUAAAAUGAACGCUGGUAUAGUGACCAAAGAGCGUCACAAGCUGGAAGCUCUCAAAAAGAAGCAGGAGCAAGAAGAAGAACGGAUGAGGAAAAUGGAGGAAGAUAAGAAGCGGAAACAGGAAGAACUUAGGAGGAAGAGGGAUGAGAGGAUAAAGAGAGUGCUUGAGGCCAAAGUUAAAGAAGAGCAGAAGGAAGAAGAGAAAAAGAAGAAGAUUGAGCAAAAGAUGGCUCAGAUUGAUGAGAAAAAUGAUAAGCGUCAGGCAGAGGAGAGGACCAAGAAGAGACUGGCCUUGAAGAAGCAGGAGGAGCUGGAACAGAAGAGGAAACUGGAAGAGGAGGCCAAGAAGAAGAAGAUGCAGCAGGCUGAGGAAGAGAAGCACCAGCAGGAGCUAGCAGCCAAGAAGAAGGCUGAGGAGGAGGAGCAGCAAGCUCGCAAAGAGCUAGAGCUGAAGAAGGAGCAGGAGAGGGAGAGGGAGCGACGAGCGGCUGCUGAAAGAGAGCGACUGGAGAAAGAAAGGGCUCUUGCUUUACAGCAUGCACUGGAAAGAGCAGCAAGAGAGAAAGAGAUGAGGGAGCUGGAGGAGAAGAGAAAGGUGUUGGAGGAAAAAAGAAAACUGGAGGAGCAGCAGAGGCUGGCUGCAGAAAAAAAGGCUCUUAAAGAGAGAGAAGAAGCAAAUAAGAGAGAGGCUGCAGUUAAACAGGCUAUGCUAAAUGUGACUGUGGAUCUAGAGCAUUCAGUAAUGAGCACACCUGUUGGAAAAGCUGUUCCCGGUCUAAAUGUCACUGUGGAUGUUGAGCCCUCCUCCCCACAGUCAUAUGCCAUCACUCCAAAGGGUGGAAACAAGCCUGUGAUCAUUUCCAAGAAUGCAGACGAUUAUGGGAUGGACCAAAACAGUGACGACUCCACAGAUGAUGAGUCGGCCCCCAGGAAGCCUAUCCCGUCCUGGGCUGAAGGUUCUAAUCUGAGGCAGAUAAUAAUGAAGCAGUACUUCAACCCUCCUGAUUUACAUGCUUUGUUUGGAGCAAUUGAGCCGCCGAAACUGGAGAACAUCUUCUACAAGAGCAAGCCUAGAUAUUUUAAGCGCACCAGCUCUGCAGUGUGGCACUCGCCACCUAAGUGAGAUCUGGACACAGAUGCAGUGUUGUAAAUUUUGAUCACUGGUCUUUUUUCCAUUUAAAUUAGAUGUUUUUUGUUGUCAUUUUUCCUAUUGUUUUUCUUCCUUUACGUUUGUUAAUAAUCUGAUAAGAACCUUGUGAGAACUUUUUUGUCCCGUUCUCUUUUAGUAACUGGCUACAAUGAGCAUGCAUCACAAAAAGAAUGUGUAUGUGCUCAUAUUUCUUCACUAUUAAAUGCAUUUGUUUUAA